AUGGCCGCCCCCCCGGCCCGCACGGUCCUUGUCACCGGCUGCUCCUCCGGGAUCGGGCUGGCCGUGGCCGUGCGCCUGGCGCAGGACCCACAGCGCCGCUUCCAGGUCAUCGCCACCAUGCGGGACCUGCGCAAGAAGGACAAACUAGAGGAAGCAGCGGGAUCCGCGUUGGGAAAGACCUUGAGCAUCCACCGCCUGGAUGUGUGCAGCGAUGGCUCCGUGGCCGAGUGCCUGGCGAGCAUCCCGGGGGGCCGGGUGGACGUCUUGGUGAAUAACGCCGGUGUGGGGCACGUGGGGCCGGUGGAGAGCAUCAGCGUGGAGGAGAUGAAGAGAAUCUUCGACACCAACUUCUUCGGCGCCGUGAGGAUGAUCAAGGCCGUGUUACCCGACAUGAAGAAGAGGCAGAGCGGUCACAUCGUGGUGGUCAGCAGCGUUAUGGGGCUGCAGGGGAUUGUCUUCAACGACGUCUACGCCGCCUCCAAGUUCGCCGUGGAGGGCUUCUGCGAGAGCCUGGCCGUGCAACUGCUGCAGUUCAACGUGUGCGUGUCCAUGGUGGAGCCGGGGCCGGUGAACACGGAUUUCGAGGUGAAGCUGCUGGAGGAGGUUUCUCGCUCUGAGUUUCCCGGCACGGAUGCGACCACGUUGAGUUACUUCAAGGACAUCUAUAUCCCGGCGUCCCAGGAGAUCUUCCGCACGCUGGGGCAGAGCCCCGGGGCCGUGGCUGAGGCCAUCGUUGGGGUGAUCACGGCGCGGCGCCCACCCUUCCGCACCCAAACCAACCCCCUGUACACGCCGCUGGUGGCCCUCAAGUACGCGGAUCCCUCCGGGGAGCUCUCGGUGCGCACCUACCACCGCCUGCUCUUCCGGCACAGCACCCUGCUCCAGCUCAGCAUGGGUGCCCUGCGCUGCCUCACCUGCGGCUGCCUGCGCCGCCACAUCACCCCGCUCUGA